UGAGCGGCAGCCGCCCCGGGAGGAGGAUGGUGGGAGCGGCGGCGCCCUGCGCUCUGGUUGGAAGUGCUUUGGACACAUUAGUUUAAUAUCCAGCUCCUGGGUGAUUUGGAUCCAAGAUCCUAUAAGACAAUGUCAACUGGAAGGGUACGAACAAAAAAAAAGUCAUCUUCUUUGGACCAGUCUCCAGAUAACCUUCCUUUGAGGAGUUCUGGGCGACAGGUGAAGAAGAAGGCAGCUGAAGCGGCAGAGGAUGAUGAUGACGCAUCAGAGAAGAAAUAUAGAAAAUGUGAAAAAGCAGGGUGCACUGCAACAUGUCCUGUUUGCUUUGCAAGUGCUGCUGAAAGGUGUGCUAAAAAUGGCUACACAUCUAGAUGGUAUCAUCUCUCCUGUGGGGAACAUUUCUGCAAUGAGUGUUUUGAUCACUAUUAUCGAAGUCAUAAAGAUGGUUAUGAGAAAUACACUGCUUGGAAAAGGAUUUGGACCAGUAAUGGUAAAAGUGAGCCCAGUCCUAAAGCUUUCAUGGCUGAUCAACAGCUUCCUUACUGGGUGCAGUGCACAAAACCAGAGUGUGGGAAAUGGCGUCAGCUGACAAAGGAAAUCCAGCUGACAUCGCAAAUAGCAAAAACGUACCGAUGUGGUAUGAAACUGAACAAUUCUACUAAGAUUGAGGGCUCGGACCAGUGUUCCAUGCCUGAGGAUCUGAGAGUUGCUGAGGUUUCAGACCAUUGGUGGUACUCCAUGCUCAUCCUCCCUCCUUUGCUUAAAGACAGUGUGGCAGCUCCUUUGCUCUCUGCGUACUAUCCAGACUGCGUAGGCAUGAGUCCCUCCUGUACCAGCACUAACCGAUUACUUGGUGAAUCCAACGCUGUGAAGUUAGAGCACCUAAAGAGUGCACCUAAUGUAGCUGGUAAGGGGAUGAACAGAUACUUCCAGCCCUUCUACCAGCCCAAUGAAUGUGGUAAAGCACUUUGUGUGAGACCAGAUGUCAUGGAAUUAGAUGAGCUCUAUGAGUUCCCAGAAUAUUCACGAGAUCCUACCAUGUACCUAGCUUUGAGAAACCUCAUCCUGUCUUUGUGGUACACAAAUUGCAAAGAAGCUCUUACCCCUCACAAAUGUACUCAUCGCAUCAUUGUGCGGGGGCUUGUGCGUAUUCGCUGUGUCCAAGAGAUGGAGAGGAUACUUUAUUUUAUGGCAAGAAAAGGGCUGAUUAAUACAGGGAUUUUGUUAGUCAGUCCUGACCAACAUCUUCUUCCCAAAGAAUACCACAAUAAAACUGUCAUUAUUGUUGGGGCUGGUCCAGCAGGAUUAGCAGCUGCAAGACAACUGCACAAUUUUGGAAUUAAGGUCAUUGUGCUAGAAGCGAAAGACAGAAUUGGCGGGCGUGUGUGGGACGAUAGGACUUUCAAAGGAGUCACUGUAGGAAAAGGAGCACAGAUUGUGAAUGGCUGUGUCAACAACCCGAUAGCACUAAUGUGUGAGCAACUUGGCAUUAAAAUGCACAAACUAGGGGAGAGAUGUGAUUUGAUCCAAGAAGGUGGAAGGAUAACUGACCCCACUAUAGAUAAGCGCAUGGACUUUCAUUUCAAUGCCAUCCUGGAUGUUGUCUCAGAAUGGAGAAAAGAUAAGACCCAACAUCAAGAUGUCCCUCUUGGAGAGAAGAUACAGGAGAUCUAUAAGGCUUUUAUUCAGGAGUCCGGUAUCCAGUUCAGUGAUCUGGAGGAAAAGGUACUACAGUUCCACCUCAGUAACUUGGAGUACGCCUGUGGCAGUGACCUCCAUCAGGUAUCUGCACGCUCAUGGGACCACAAUGAAUUUUUUGCCCAGUUUGCUGGAGAUCACACCCUUUUAACACCAGGGUAUUCUACCAUCAUAGAUAAACUGGCUGAAGGGGUUGAUGUUCGACUUAAGCUUCCGGUACACAGUAUAGACUAUUCUGGGGAAGAAGUCCAGGUCACUACAGCAGAUGGAACUGUGUGGACAGCACAAAAGGUUUUAGUUACCGUGCCACUGGCCCUUCUUCAGAAAAAUGCCAUUCAGUUUAAUCCACCACUGCCAGAGAGAAAAAUGAAAGCCAUUAACAGUUUGGGAGCAGGAGUCAUUGAGAAGGUUGCUUUGCAGUUUCCUUAUAGAUUUUGGGACAGCAAAAUUCAAGGAGCUGAUUUUUUUGGUCACGUUCCACCUAGUUCCAGCAAACGUGGGCUCUUCAGUGUGUUCUAUGACAUGGAUCCACAGGGUAAAUAUAGUGUUCUAAUGUCAGUAGUUACCGGAGAUGCUGUGACAACCAUUAAGAAUUUAGAUGACAAACAAGUACUACAGCUGUGCAUGACUGUACUUCGGGAGCUGUUUAAGGAGCAGGAAGUUCCAGACCCAGUUAAGUACUUUGUUACACGAUGGAACAAAGAUCCCUGGAUCCAGAUGGCAUAUAGUUUUGUAAAGACAGGUGGCAGUGGUGAGGCUUAUGAUGUUAUAGCUGAAGACAUACAAGGAACAAUCUUCUUUGCUGGUGAGGCCACAAACAGGCACUUUCCACAGACGGUUACAGGAGCCUACUUGAGCGGCGUUCGAGAAGCAAGCAAAAUAGCAGCAUUUUGA